AGGCGGGGCCGGGCCGGGCCGGGUGCGCCGCCGAUGCCGGCCCGUGCGGCUCCGGGAGCGGAGGGGAGGUUCCGGGCGGAAAGGGAGCUUUUUGGGGAGAAAACGGGCCGAAACGGGUCGGGCCGUGCCGUGCCAGGCUGAGGGGAGGAUGAAGAAGGAGCAGGUAGCGCACUGCCGCUUCUCCGUGUGGUACCCGCUGUUCAGGACCGUCACCAUCCGUAGUGUUAUACUUCCCCUCCCAGAUAAUGUGAAAGAAUACUUGCUGGAUGAUGGGACGCUUGUGGUUUCUGGAAGAGAAGAUCCGCCAAUUCAUGCUCAAGAAGGGAGUGACGAUGCAGAGGAAAUACAGUGGUCAGAUGAUGAGAAUACUACGACGCUUAAGGCACCAGAGUUUCCUGAGUUUACAGCUAAAGUUGAAGAAGCAAUAAGUUCCUUGGGUGGUAGUGUUUUUCCUAAGCUUAACUGGAGUGCUCCGAGGGAUGCCUACUGGAUAGCAAUGAAUAGCUCUCUGAAAUGUAAAGCUCUAAGCGACAUCUUCCUCCUCUUCAAAAGUUCAGACUUCAUUACUCGUGACCUCACUCAGCCAUUUAUUCACUGUACUGAUGAUUCCCCUGAUCCUUGCUUAGACUAUGAGCUCGUUCUUCGCAAAUGGUGCGAACUAAUCCCUGGUGCGGAAUUCAGAUGCUUUGUCAAGGAAAACAAGCUUAUUGGUAUAUCGCAGAGGGACUACACGCAAUACUAUGAUCAUAUCUCUACGCAGUGUGAGGAGAUCUGCCGAUCAAUACAGGAGUUUUUCAAGAAACACAUACAGUAUAAAUUUUUGGAUGAAGACUUUGUUUUUGAUGUCUACAGAGACAGCAGGGGUAAGAUUUGGCUGAUAGAUUUUAACCCAUUUGGAGAAGUAACAGAUUCACUGCUGUUUACGUGGGACGAACUGACCUCUGGGAGAAAUUUGAAAGGCGACCAGAGUGAAGAGGAAGCAACAGAACAGGACUAUCCAGUUUUCCGCUGUACGAACAGUAAAGUUACUGUCCAGCCUAGUCCAUACCUGAGUUACCGACUGCCAAAAGAUUUCGUGGACCUUUCUACAGGAGAGGAUGUUCACAAAUUAAUUGACUUUCUUAAACUGAAACGAAAUCAGCAAGAUGAUGACUGAGGUAUCAAGAAGCAUUACAAUGAAUUACAAACAAGAAACGGGGCAAAAGUUAUAUUUAGCAUAACUAUUAAGCUAUCAAUUUAAAGAAAAUCUUUUUUUUAUAGUCAUUGAAAGAACUGAAGAGCUGUUCAUCCUGUGUGUAUGUUGGGUUAUUUAACAGCGUAGAAAAGCUUUUUCAUGGAAACCUGGGGGGUUAGGGUGAGUUCUCCUUGGAAUCCACGUUUAAUGCAAUUAUAUGGCGAUGCAAGCAAGAAACAAUCUGAGCACGACUGAAUACCUUCUUAUCUCCUGAUGUGAAAACUGAUGCCACUGAAGUAUGCUGUUGGACUCGGGUGAUAAAUAUGACAACACUGAAUUCUUGUGCAGUUAAAACAUCAAGAAUUCUCCAGAUUUCAAGUAAAGUAACACUUACACACUGCAGCUAAAGCUAUGAAAUUUGUUAAACUUCAUCAAAUUUAAUUUUGUUUUCAUACUAAAGCCUUCUUGGAACUUGUUUUUAACAUGAUUACAUAUCAGACAUCAGCUUUGGCUUUAAUAUAAAUAGUUAAGCAUAACAUCAACCCAUGAUUUUUAUAUGUGGACUCAGUUUUGUUUCUUUUGUAUUAAGUCUCUGAGUUUCUUAAGAAUACGAUUACUCUUUUAGCUCUUAAAUUCUGUAUUUAUUUGGUACUUCUUCACGUUCUUUGUAUAAAAGGAAGUUUGACUAAGUUUGGGGAAGCAGAAGCUCUUGUUACUGAUUUUCUGUAAUUUUUUUUGGAGGGGUGUUCAGUUUCAGACUAAGAACCAAUUGACUUCUGGAUAUAGGUGUUUGCGUGGCAUCAGUAAUUUAGGUGUGCCCAACUGCAAUGAAAGGAAAUUUAGAGGUGCUCACAGCCCCUGGAAAUUGGUUCCUAUUUUGAACCAGUUAUGUGAUACUUUGUGUGUGUAUAUAAAGUUGUUCAUAUUUCUUUGCCUUGCUUUUGCUGGCAAAUUGAUGUGGCACUGAGUUACAAUCUGUUCUUAGAUGCUAAAUCUGCACUUCGAUGUUAAAUCAUUUCUUACUGUCUCUAUUUAGCUUCAGUUUUCAAUGAGCUUUGCUUAAAGAUUAUGCAGAUUAAGGAUCCACUUCUACCAAAUACAAUUAUUAAACAUCACAGAUUACAACUUCUGGAGUCUUGAGUACAGAAUCUGCCCUACCCUUUCCUUCUGAAGCAGUGGAAUCUCCUCCAUAGCUUUUUGCACAUAAAUUAAAUGGACAUUAACUCAGGUCUGGGCUAUACUCAAUCCUGUCAUACUGUGGGACUUCGAAUGACUUUUUUUUUUUUCACCCUUGUCAGAUUGUUUCUUAAUCAAGUAGGAACUUUAAAAUAAUAAUAAUAAAAAGCUUUACUCUUUG